UAUGUGCUGGGCUGCGCUGUUUCCGGUCUGUUGGUUUCGGGGCCUGACAGGUGAACACCGGUACUGGACUCGAGAUGAAACGUUCACGUGAGUUUGACGUCCCGGUGCGGUGAGCGAGAUGGAUGAGGAAAACAUGGAGGAAGAAGCCGCGGUUUUGCUCCAGGAUCCUAAUCACAAUAACUGGGAGCCCAGGCCUGAAUCUCCUGAGCUUCCCUCAUCACCCAGCCCUGGCUCACCAGACGCAGGGUACGGCUGCAGGAAACGGUGUGACAGCACCCCUGGGAAGGCCUUGCUCGGCAUCAGCAGCAACACCUCUAAAUUCCUAAUGAAUAUUAUCACAGUAGAUGAAUACAGGAGCACAUAUUGGCCCAAGCUGGAAAGUGCCAUAGAUCAACUUUUAACGCAAAGUCCUGGCGAUUAUAUACCAAUAUCGUACGAACAGAUAUAUAGCUGUGUAUACAAAUGUGUGUGUCAGCAACACUCGGAACAGAUGUACAGUGACCUGAUGCGGAAGAUAACCAGCCAUUUAGAUAGAGUCUCCCAGGAGUUACAGAUGUGCUCGCCGGCUCAGUAUAUAGAAAGGUUUAACCUUGCCCUGGGGCAGUAUAUGGGAGCGUUACACAGUAUUGUCCCACUCUUUAUAUAUAUGAAUAAAUUUUACAUAGAAACUAAGCUUAACAGAGACUUGAAAGAUGACCUAAUAAAGCUGUUUACGGACCACGUGGCAGAUAAGCACAUUUAUAGCCUAAUGCCUUUAUUAUUAGAAGCCCAGUCAACACCUUUUCAAAUCACCCCUUCAACCAUGGCGAGUAUUGUGAAGGGCCUGUACACUCUGAGACCAGAAUGGGUUCAGCUCGCACCAACACUGUUUUCCAAAUUUAUCCCUAACAUUCUGCCCCCGGCUAUGGAAUCAGAGCUCCAGGAUUAUGCGGCACAAGAUCAGAAGCUACAGCGGGAACUGAUGCAAAAUGGAUUCAACAGGGGUGACCAGUCACGCAAAAGAGCAGGAGAUGAGCUGACUUACAGUGAGUGACACUUCGUCCUUCUGGGGUUAUAUCUUUGGCUCAUCUUCAUCGUGCAGCAGCUCUCAAGGUUACAGAUAGGAUCCUGGCCCCAAGCUAACUGCGCAUGACUCUAACCUGCAGGAGACUGGCUCUCUGAAGGGUGUCUCUGAACUGAAACGCUGAGUGAUGUGUUCAUCCUCACCAAGACCUCUCAAGUCUCCUGCCAAAAUCCGGCAAAUGCUGACUCUUUUUAUAACAAGAGUCCUCUUGUACAUUUGUGUUUUUUUGGUUUUUUUUUAAAUGAAACUUGAACUUUUGCUGCUAAACACAAGGAUAUUUACUGAGAAACUAAGAAGAUUUUCAUCAGCAUCUUGACUUUGCUCCAUUACUUCUGCCACGGGCAUUGCAUCUUAAAUAAAAUGAGACAUAGGACAAGCAAUAUGUAUAGACUACCCUACAGAUAGCUGCCCUGCACCCUGCAGCUUUUACAUUCUCUCCCAUCAAGUGCUGUGUGUGAUUCAUUUUCGCUUCUAAACAGACAUUUUAUCCAAGUUGUUCCUUCUCUUCCCGCAUCAGAGGCUGAAAUAUCACCAUACAGACAUCUGUUAAAAUAUAGUUUAACAUUGAUGACAUAAAGUAUUUCCAUUUUUUGUUGUUGCUUUAUAUAAAAAUGGGAAAAAAACAAGAAUAGGUGUUUUUUUUUUUGAGGUUUGUUUGCUUUGUUAGCUAUGUAAACCAUGAAUAAUUCUGCGUUACAGAUAUGUUUUUUUUUUUUUUUCCAUUCUCCUAAUCCUUGUCAGGUUACUUUUGUAAUAUUUAUAUAUAAUAUAUAUAUAUUAUUAUUAUUAUUAUUAUUUUUUCUUUCUUUCCCUCCUUUGUUUUUUUUUUCCAGUUUCAUAAUUUAAUUUAAACCUGUUCACCUCCACAUUGUUCUGCUAACCUUUUUUGUCAAAAUUAGCUGCCACAAGAGUUUUUUUUUUUCUUCCUAUUGUUAUAUACCUCUUUUGGACCAAAAUUAAAGUUCUUAAAUGUUUUACAUCAGCUGUUGGGGCCAAAACUUUUCUUGUGCAGAUGAUUUUUUUUCAUGCAUGCGUAGACACUGCAAAAGACAACAAACUAAACAUUUUGCACUUGAGAAUCUGCUGUCCCUUUAGAAAUGUGUGGCAAAAUGUCAGGUAGCAAUAUUGGUCCUAAAAAGAGUAUAGAUUGAUUUAAAAUUAAUCUAGGCUUUAAUCAUAAAUGGAAAUAAAAUAUACCCACGUAGUUAA